CCGUGUAUCCCUCCGCCGGUGCAGACUGCCAUUGUCGCUCUGCGCUGCCCAAGGUGCUACGCAGUUUCGAACAUGAGCGGAGAGGUGUGUAUUUGAGGUGAGGCCCCCUCAUAAGAAUGGCGACGGAGACAAAGCCGACCCUACCCCCCGGGACGGACCCCCCACCCCCCUCAUACGACCCCGAAGCCCAGCGCCUGAGAGAGGAAAAUGAGCGGCUUUGCGAAGAGAACGAGCGGCUACUGUCCCGGGUACAGGGUGUACAAGUGUUGGGCGAGAUUCUCCACGAUACGAAAUGCGAGGCGAACGGGCUACGAAACCAGGUCGACGAGCUUCGAUCGAAACUGUCACUGAGGUCCAACGGCAGCGAGUCUUCAGACGAACACACCCCCGAAACUCCAACCGACACCAAGGCAGAGACUACAGGAGACCUGGACACAAGAACAACACAAGAAGAAGCAGUAAAAGAGGAAUCCGUGGAAGACACCGAGACCAAGGAAGAACCGGUAGCCGAAGAGACAGACCCAAACCAAGAGUUCGUGUUUGUGUCAUCAGAGAGUAGCGAGCUGACCACCAUGUCAUCCAAAGGGACACUUAGCUGGGAACCUGAGCUGAGACCGGAUAUCACGGCGCAGUUACGGGAGGACAGCCCGGUCUUGUCGCGGCAGGUUCUGGACCUGGAGGCGGCGUUAGGUGCCGGGAGUGACCGCUCAGGGGUGGCCGGCACUCUGGCCAGGUUCGCCGUCGACGUCAUGAGAAGGGAACGAGCUUAUAACAUACAGGAGGCACUUAUCCAGAGCAUGUCCGAGGAGAAUGAAAGACUGAAGGCCGAGUUUGCUGCGACACAGGACGGGAAAGAUGCUUUGAUUGUGGAACUCAGAAAGCAGAGUGAAGAUCUGAAAGCUCUCAACUCCUUGUUGAAGCAAGAAGUCAACCAACUCCAGGCCGCACAGGACAGCCUGGGACGAGGCUUCUCUCCCAUCGAGAUGGUGACUUCUGCUGACCUAUCAGAGUCCACAACACAGCCUUUAGAGCGAGAUCAGCCCAAGAUGUGUGCCGUUCCCGUCAAGUCGUCGGCGAGUCCCGAUGACCAGGCGCUGAGGAAAAGGAUUGAAGAACUAGAGGGUCAAAAGAAAGAGAUUCUUGAGGUGAACAAGCAGUGGGACGUGCAGUACAAGGCCAUGAAGGCAGACAUGGGACAGAAGAUGCGUGACAUAGAGACACGACAUGAAGAGACGAUGAGGAAGAAUGCAGAACUCGUCAACGCGGAGGAGAAGAGACAGAGAGACAUCGACGGCAUGCUGAUGUCUGCUAAGAAACGGAUUGAGGCAGAGGAGAGAGCGAAAGACAAGGCCCUGUUGGACCUUCAGCAGGAGAAACAGCGCGGUGACACCCUGUCUGCCCGGGUCACUCUCCUGGAGAACCAGAUCACAGACAUGAUGCGGCAGCGGGGAAACCAGGAGGCCGAGAUCAGGAGACUGAAUGAGGCUCUCGGUGAGGCAUCCAGCAUUGCCGUCCUGAGUCCCCCGGCCCUGCAACCGGCAGAACGGCAGCAGGCGCCGGCUCGUCCCGCCCAGCCACCGAGCCAUCCCGCUCAGCCCCAGUCCGCUGAACCACUGCGGACGGAGGUUGAAGUUCUUCGGGCCCAGGUCGCCACCUUCCGCGAGGAUUUUGAGAUGGAGCGCCGUGACCGGGAGAGGAUGCAGGGGGAGAAGGAUACGCUGAAGGACGAGAUCACCGCCCUCAGGAUGCAUGUGGACACUCUUUCCCAACAGGCACGUGUGUACGAAGAAGACUUCAGGAGGGAGAGAUCGGACAAGGAACGACUUCAGCGUCAGUUGGGACACAUGCCACAGGGUGCUGGUCAAGGCCAUCACUACAACAUUCCUCCACCACAGCGUCACGUCCCCCCUCCCAAACUGUACCGACCCCAGGCUCCACCCCCCUACCGUGAGGACCCCCCUGCGUACCAGAACUACCCCCAUGGCCAGACGCAUCCCCCACCCACACCACACGAGCUGCAGCAGAGAGAGUUCGACAGGUACCGACAGUAUGGCAGACUGAUCCCUCGGCAGUAUCCACGGACACUCGGCCAUGACGUAGUAGAUGACGGAACACCCAGAGACGAGCCUCUCGAAGACCAUGUAAAAACGUAUUCGCAGUGGUAAAGUUUAAAUUUUCCGCAGACACUGUUUAGAGCUAUGCGAUAAGAAUCUUGACAAACUGACUGUAAUAAAUUUAUUUGUGGAAGGAACAUGAAAGGGUAUCUGACAAGGGUAUUUUGAGCACUAGCUUGGUCUCUUUUGUUUAUAGAUAACCACUUCGAAUUCAUGAGCAAAAGUGUUUCAAAAGUCAUCAAAACGAUGCAAUGCUGUUUGUUUUACACAAGCACUAAAAGUAACUGACGGGGUAUAAUUUUGUUAACUAUUGCGGAAGCGUGUCACACAGUAGUCGUUUUCCUAGCUUUAGAUUUCCCCAAGUGUUCAACACAAAUCGGUACAUUCUCGACUCCGAUUUAUUUGAGAUAUUGACUAUCAAAGAACGACGUUGUCGAAUCUUUAAUGUAGACUGAGUAUAUUGUUAUUUUUCAUUUCAGUGCAUAUUGUCUAGAUGAUUUCUUCAUUGAAUCAUUAAAUGUUGGUUGGCGUUUCACGACAUUGAGCUAAACAAUUAUCAAAGGAGCUUCUAUAUGCUAUCAUAAUACUAUCAUAAUGGUGUAGAUUUUCGUAUUCUGUUGCUUUCAUGAUAUAUACCCAAGAUGGCCAAGAAUAUCACAUCAAAAGAGACAAUUGAGGUUAACUUGUAGUAGUAGUAAUAAUAAACCAUAUUCUUUGUAUAUAUCAUUGGCUUGCACCCAAUAAAAUAAAAGUCUUAUUGGUUGUCA